CCGGAAGUGCAACUCUCACCCGGGCAGGAAACUCCAUCUGUUUACGUUUUCGGCGCAAAUUUAGAUCACAUUUAAUUCAUUGCAGCAGAGCUAUAUAAAGAAAACUACUGGACGGAUUGGUUCUUAUCAAAAGACAAAUUCAACACGACAAAACUGGCCCCUCCACUGCCCAUCACCAUGCCCGCCCUGCUGGAGAGACCCAAGCUGUCCAACGCGAUGGCCAGAGCCCUCCACAAGCACAUCAUGAGGGAGAGGGAGCGCAAGAGGCAAGAGGAGGAGGAAGUUGAUAAAAUGAUGGAGCAGAAGUUGAAGGAAGAAGAGGAGAGAAAGAGGACAAAAGAAAUAGAGGAGAGGAUGUCACUGGAGGAAACCAAGGAACAGGUAAUGAAGAUGGGAGAGAAACUUCAGGGGCUCCAGGAAGAGAAACAUCAGCUUUUUUUACAGCUCAAGAAAGUUCUCCAUGAGGAGGAAAAGCGACGCAGAAAAGAGCAGAGUGAUAUUACAACAUUGACAUCAGCCAGCUAUCAACCCAGUCUGCCCAUGCACACAGGACAGCAUCUCCUCAGUAUUCAAGGCAGUCCAGUCAGCCACAGUCGACCAGGCGCUCUCCUCGGAGAACGGAGCAAACAGCUGUUCUCCACUGCUGUGAUCCCUGGCCGUCAUUAUCAGACUCCCGGGUUCAGCGCCAGCUCAGCAGAACACGGCCAGUUCAGCGGAAGCCAAGGAGUCCACGAGUCCUACGGGGUUUCUCAGUCCCAGCUUCCUUCCUCUUACGCCGCUGGACCCUCAGUACCAGUCAGUUUUGCUAGCAGCUCUCAGAUCAGAGGUGCUUCUGCAUUUCAAGCUAUGCAGUACCUCCCUCACCAGCAGGCGGGUUACCCCGUCCAUGGUCACUUCACCUCUCAGCCAGGAAACUUGUCUCCUGCAGGAUACAUCCCCGGAGCGUCAAUACCCCUGCAGAAGCAGCUGGAACAUGCCAACCAACAGUCAGGAUUUACUGAUGCAGGCGGGUUGAGGCCAAUGCAUCCCUCUGCCAUGCAUCCUUCUGCUCCAGGUCUGCUGCCCACGCCCAUGGUCCAGAUCCCCACUGCUAAGACCCCGUUCCAGAGCUCUCCACAAAGUGCCCCUCGUCACAGCUUCCUGCCCCACAGCCAGAGUGGCCAGAGGUUCUACCACCACGGCAAGUAACUCACAGCCUCGUUCAAAACAUCUCUCACUGGGACUUCACAGCUUCUUCUGAAGAUUCUUGAGAUCCCCGUUGGACAUUGCAGUUGGUUAAAAAAUGCCAUAUCAUCUUGUGCUUUUCUUCCUUGUAGAGGAUGGUUUUGUUGAUCUUUCUUCUGACUGUAUAAAUUCAACAAACAGUUCUCAAACGUAUUUGCUUCUGUGACAUUCGACUCUUGACCCCCACCCAAACCCUCCAUCACUUAAAAUUCAUUUGUAAAAUAACUGUUUUUACCAUGAAGCCAGAGGUGCAAAUUUGCAUAAAAUUGUUAAAUAUUAUGUAUAUAGUUGGACUGCCUCGCCCACAACUUGAUCUGAAGUGCAAUCAUCAGUGCAGAGGUGAACUUCCUUUUUUCUUUUUUCAAAUCUGGUUUUUAUUUUCAGAUAUUCAGAUUUAAGUGAUCCGUUUUUGGUCAUGUUCAUCUUAUUAACACUAGUUUGACUCUUCUUGUUAAUCAUGAGACCCGUUAGGAUUGAUUGAUUUGACCACAUGAUCACCAUCUUUCUCAAAAUGAUGGUGGGUGCCCAGUUUCUUCUCUGCAGCACAAAUCAAGUUCACAUCUGGUCUAGUUUGAAACAUUUGCUUAAAUGUUGUUAAAUAAACAAUAAACCACAUCCAAAAUUU